AUGUAUUCGACGCACGCUUUCCAAGGCAGAAAGCUUUCUGAUCAGGAAAGAACGAGAGUUCUCGAAUUUCAAGAUAGCAUUCAUUAUUCACCAAGAUACUCCGACGAUACACACGAAUACAGACAUGUAAUGCUUCCCAAGGCCAUGCUAAAAGUGAUACCUUCUGAUUAUUUCAACGGAGACACUGGUACUUUGCGAAUCUUAACAGAAGACGAAUGGAGAGGGUUAGGAAUUACACAAUCUCUGGGAUGGGAACAUUACGAAUGCCAUGCGCCUGAACCACAUAUUUUACUAUUUAAGAGACCACUGAAUUACGAGGCUGAAAUACGUGCGGCGCAUGCUGCCGCACAGCAGCAGCAAAAAUCAAUUGCUGCAGGCCAACAAAGUCAAAAUAUAUGA